CUGGCACUGUUCCUCCUCUACUCCCCCUGCACGCUCUCUGGCUAGCAGGCAGCUGCAAUGCUUCUACGACUACCUCUAUUCCGACUCUUUCCGCUCCUCCUCGUUGGCCUUGUGUAUCACGCCAACGCCCAGCAACAACAGAUCUCUGGCACUUCUCUGUAUCCCGAGGAACUCAUCCCUCUCAUUACCCGCGCAGAUGCGCUCCUUACCGCUGGUCAAUUCAAUGAUGCCGCAAAGGCUUAUUCGGAAGCCAUAGAGGGUGCUCCCGAGUACCUGCUUUUCUACAAGCGUGCCACGGCAUACUACUCCGCUGGUCGUUACUCUUCUGCACUCUCAGACUUCGAGCACGUCCUCACGCUCACAAACGACACCUUCGACAAGGCGAACCUGAUGAAGGCGCGCAUAUUCACGAAGGAGGGUCGCUUCGCGGACGCGCGCGACGCGCUCCGCAAGUACACGACGAAGGUCAAGGGCGACUCUGCCUCGCAGGAGGUAAUGAUGGCCAUCACGGAGGGCGAGCUUGCGAGUAAGAAGAUCUCGCAAGCGAUUCGCGCGAAGCUCUGGCAGGCGUGCGUGGAGGCUGCGACCACGGCGCUGUCCACGGCGUCGCACUCUCCGAAGCUGAGGCAGCAGAGGGCGGACUGUUCGAUCGCGGCUGGGGAUAUCGAGGGCGCCGUUGCGGACCUUUCACGACUCGCGCAACUUACGACAUCGACGACCCAGAUCUGGAUGAAAUCCGCACGACUAGGCUAUUUCCUCUUCCCUUAUAACAAUCCCACCGACCCCCCAUCACCUGCUAUGUCCUCCCUGAAACAGUGUAUGCACUAUGACCCGGACUCACCUAAGUGUUUGAAGAUGCACCGCCUCGUCAAGGCCUUCGACAAGUCCUUCAAGGCGCUCGACAAGGCCCUGCAGUCGGAGGACUGGCGGGGGAUUUUGAAGCUCCUCCUCGGCUCCUCCCCCGACGGCUCGGACGGGUUCGCAGCGAAGUUCGACGAGGCGUUGAAGGAACACAUAACCCGCGAGAACCUCGAGCUUCAUCCGCAAAUCCAGAUGCCUCAUCCGCUGCGCUCGUCACCAAGGCGAGCAGUGAUCCUGAAGGCGCUCUGUCGGGCACACGUGAAGACGGGCCAGGCGAAGAAGGGCGAGGAGUGGUGUGGGGCGUUGUUGGAUAUGGAGGGGCGGGAGAAUGACGGGGACGGGGCAAUUGGGGUGGCGGAGGCGCUGUUCGCCAAGGAGGAGUGGGAGGAAGCCGUGAGAGUACUCGAGAGGGCAUUCGAGGCGAGCGGGCGACAGGACCGCGAGAUACAUCAACGACUGGUGAAGGCGCAGAAGCUUCUGAAGCAGUCGAGGCAGAAGGACUACUACAAGGUCCUCGGCGUCGCUCGGGAUGCAGAUACGAAGGCGAUCAAGAAAGCAUAUCGCAAAGCGGUCUUGUCGGCUCAUCCGGACAAGGGCGGGAGCGAAGCGAAAAUGGCUGCCGUCAAUGAGGCAUACGAGGUGCUUAGCGAUCCAGAACUCCGCCAACGAUACGACAACGGUGAUGAUCCGAACGACCCGACGUCGAACCAGGGCGGUCAUCCCUUCCAAGGCGGAGGUUUCCCCGGCGGCUUCGCGCAGUUCUUCCAGCAGGGCUUCCCUGGUGGCGGUGGUUUCCAGUUCCACUACAGCCCGCCUGGUCACCACUAGUCGUAUACUGCUUGCUUUCAUCUCGCUUUCACCUUCUCUUAUUCUUAGUUCUGCCUUGCUCCUUGCACUCCUCCGCGCUACCCUCUUCAGCUACAUGUGCUGCUGGCCAUGUUUCUCGGCCUGCGUGGCUCCGACUCAACCAAUGCGUCUUUGUUGUGGAUGCUUCCGUGUAUGGAUAGUCGUAUCCUAUGCUCCUAGUGCCUCAUUUCCACUAUCAGCUUUGUCUCCACAUAAUACCGCAUGCGGUAUUAUCGGCAAGCCACUUGCACCCCUAUAGGCUGACCACUCAUCCAUUGUCCUGUCCUUGUUUCCUUGCUGUAUAUUAUCGCACCCGUAAGUUCCUGAUGGACUACUUGGUUAG